CCCUUCGAGUACUUGUAGUUUUCUUUAUCUCGACCGGAUUUUUCUUCCUGCUGUUUGAUACAUUUACCCCUAUUGGUACAAUGAAUUUUCUGCCAGUUAAACUCCAGAAAAAUUAUCCGUCUACACCAAACAAAGAAUGGAGAAUAUUGUGGCACAAUAUACCCCCGUAUUUAGUGAACAGUUUUAAAUACGCUAAAUCAGAAAAAUGUAAGAAAUACCCUAAAUGUCUAUUUUCUACGGAUAAUAGAGAUCUAAAUAAAAGUGACGUUGUUUUAUUCACACAAGCUUACAUGGGAGGUGUGCCCCCGCCUAAAAGACCUCAACAAAUAUUCAUAUUUAAUUCAAUGGAAAGCCCAGCUUUCAUGCACCGACCCUCACCCAAGUGGGAUGACAAAUUAGACUGGUUAAUGUCGUAUCGUAGAAAUUCAGAUAUACACAGGCCGUAUGGAACUUUAGUGAAACGAACUACACCUUUAAUCAAGAACUACACAGAUGUGUUUAAGAAAAAGAAAGGAUUUGGAGUAUGGAUGUCUGGACAUUGUCCCGUGCCAUCUCGCCGACGAGACUAUAUACGAGAACUAAAGAAGUAUAUAAAAGUAGAUAUGUUUGGUACUUGUGGUGAUCGCGUUUGCCGCAAUCGAUCUCCAUAUUUAAGCGAGUGUUUGAGAAACUUUUCUAGGGAUUACAAAUUCUACUUUUCAUUUGAAAAUAAUAUAUGUGAGGACUAUACGACAGAAAAAUUAUACAAUUUAUAUUUGGGCAAUUUAGAUGUCAUACCUGUUAUAAAUGGCCCACAAACAGCCAAGGAGUAUUUGCCAAAAGGAUCGUUUAUCAGCGCUUUGGAUUUUCCCUCGCCUAAAGCUUUGGCAGAGAAACUUAAAGAAAUUGCCGCAAAGGAAGACGUUUUUACACGAUACCUAAGAGAAAAAGACAAAUAUUACGAAAUUGGUAUUGACGAAGUAUUUCUGAAUUCAAUGUGUAAGAUAUGUGACAUUUUGGAUAAAACAAAUGGAAAACCUCAACGACCAAAUGGAACGAUAUGGAAGCGCUUCUUUUCUAAAGGAGGAUGUUGAAGGACCAAAUAUUUAUAGUGAAAAAGAAAUGAAACGCUUGAGAUCCGUCCUAUAUCAUAAUGUCCAAAACUCCAACAGUUCUACGAAAUAAGAAAUAAUAAAUAUUUGUCGGAAUAUUGCAUCCAUUACAAUCUACUAAGGUAACCCGAUUGCCAUCGAAAAUAUCGGAAAAGAUUGGAAAAAAAGGCAAAUCACCAAGAUAUACUGAUAAGACGAUUAUUGUGCUCAUAAUUUAAUUUGUCUAAUGGAUUGUGGUUUAGUAGACUCAGUUUAAUUGAGUUAUAUGUGAUUGGACAUAUUAGAUUCUCUCCUUGACCUUCACAAGGACCUUAACAAAGGGGAUAAAAUGAUGUAGGCUUCUUUACGUUGUGAGAACAACAUAGAUUUUAUAGCUUACGAGUUACGGAAAGUUGAAGAAAUUUGUAAGGGAAGGAUUGUAAUAA